UUUCCUCGCGCUGGAAUCAAGCAAUCCUUAAAUUGUUCGUAUCUUUAGGGGCUUGGAAAUUAGAAUUGUAGAUAAGUCCCCUUCAUGGCGAAGAGGAACAGGCGAAAAGCAGCCAAGCUUGACAACGAAGAGGUCGAGGAGGACGAAUCGGGACUAUCGAAUUCAAAAUCAGUUGUGUAUUUGGGCAGUAGCGAUGAUGAUGAGGCGAAUGAGGACCUGAGCUUGAAAAUCGUGGAGCAAGCUCUGUUAAAGCAAGCGGCGAAAUUGAAUGAAAGUCGAAGCGCUGAGUUUGAUGUUCAGAAUGACGUUACUGUGGUGGAUCUGUCCUCUUUAUCGUCGCCGGAAAACCAAAUUGCUGCGGCUGGUUGUACAGGUGCUGUUAGGGAAGAAAUUGGGGAUAUGAAGAGUGAUAGUAUUGUUAAUAAGAAGAAGAAGAAGAAGAAGAAAACGAAAAGCGAGAAGGUGAUUGUUGCAAAUGAUGAAGAGGAUUCUCAGAAGGUUGAGACAGUUGAUAAGGUUGGAGCGCCAACAACGAACACUGUUGAAUAUGUAGACCCCAAAGCUGAGGAUAUAUCUGACAAUAUUGUGCUUCGGAAGCUUCUACGGGGACCAAGGUACUUCGAUCUGCCAGAUAGUGGUUGGGAAACAUGCUACAAUUGUGGUGAAGGAGGGCACAUGGCAGUGAACUGUCCAUCUGCCACAAAGCGGAAGAAGCCAUGCUUUGUUUGUGGGAGUCUGGACCAUGGUGUGAGGAAGUGCUCCAAGGCACAUGACUGCUUUAUUUGCAAAAAAGGUGGUCACCACGCAAAAGACUGUCCAGAUAAAUACAAGAGUAGCUUUAAGAAUGGUAAAAUAUGUUUAAGAUGUGGAGAUUCUGGGCAUGAUAUGUUUUACUGCUCAAAUGAUUAUUCACAUGAUGAUCUUAAGGAAAUACAAUGUUAUGUCUGCAAGAGUUUUGGCCAUUUGUGUUGUGCUAAUUUUGUUGACACUAGUCCUAGAGAAGUUUCAUGUUACAGAUGUGGCCAACUAGGUCAUACUGGUUUGCUUCCCUCUAUUUUAGAAAUCUGUCUGUUUAACAUGGAAUCCAUUUCACAGUCAUGUGGCAAGUCACGUGGAGAAACUAUGGAGGCUACAGGUAUUGUGUCACCAAGCUUAUGUUACAAGUGUGGUGAAGAAGGUCACUUUGCACGUGAAUGCGCUAAUUCUUCUAAGGCACGUGGCAAGUCAUUUGGAGAAAUCUGGGGAACAACUGACGUUGAGUCACCUCGCUCAUGCUACAAAUGUGGUGGUGUUGGGCAUUUUGCACGUGAAUGCUCAAAUUCUUCUAAGGUUGGCAAGAGGAGGCACGAUAAAGAAAAUAAAAACUACCUGGUUUUCAUGUCUGCCCCUUUUGACAAUGACAAGGCUUUUCUUAAGAAGAAAAAGGACCACGAUGAAGAGAAGGAGCUCACAACACCACUGAAAGGGAAACAUAGAAGGAACAAUCAGACAUCUCCCUCAACACCAUCUAGCAAGGGCCAGAUCUUUGCAUUAACAGCUGGUGGUCACCUCUCUGGUUCUCAGUCUUCUAAAAUGAAGAUUUCUUAUAGCUUUUCAGCAUCAAGGUUUAACAAUAAUGGAAGUAGUGAGAGAACCAGUAAUUAUGAUUGGUGAUAGGAUUGGUUCUCUAGGUAUGGGGAGGCUGUUGUAAAGGGUGCAGCAGCAAAAAGUUACUGCUUGCCAUGUUCUCCUUGCAGAUGAACCUGCAACCUUGUAUUGUAGCAAUCUCUAUGGCAUUCUUUUGUUAUUUUGGCCAGCAACCUCAAUGGUAGUUCAAGUUAUCAAUUGAUUUUAAUUCAAUUAGUUAUUUCUCCUUGU